AAUAAGCUCAAUCAACAUCAUUAAAUCUUGAAAUUGAGUUUUUGUACAGCUACAUUUAUUGUUCAGUCGUACCUGUCGCGUCAGUUCAUUGAGAAGGCGUUACGAAAAUGGAGACAUUUUCGUUAGUUAUUGUCAUUUUGUCAAGUAUCGUCGCUGCUGCAUACUGGUACAUUCAUCACACACUGCUAUAUUGGAAAAAUAGAAAUGUUCCUCACAUUGAACCAGAGUUUUUCUACGGAAAUGCACGCGGCAUAAGCAAAAAAUUCAGUCCCAACGAGUUCGUUCAAAGGAUGUACUUGAAAUUGAAAUCGAUGAAUGUGGGACCGGUGGCCGGUGUUUAUCUGCUUAUUCAGAAAUCGGCCUACAUCAUGGACCUGGAUUUGAUCAAACAAAUUCUCGUCAGAGAUUUUAACAUCUUCACCAAUCGGGGCAUUUAUCACAACGAGAAAGAUGACCCGUUGUCGGCAAACUUGGCCGCUGUGGAAGACGAUGCGUGGAGAAGCUUGAGGCAGAAGAUCACCCCGACGUUUACAAGUGGUAAGUUGAAAACGAUGUUCGCAACCAUUAUGGACAUCUCCAAUACACUCGUCAAAACGAUCAGGAAAGAAUCAGCGGCAACAGGACAGCUAGAAAUUAAAUUGGUCCUGUCCCGAUUUACUACCGAUGUGAUCGGGUCGACGGCAUUCGGGAUUGAGUGCAAUAGUUUGGAAGAUCCGACUACACUGUUUUAUCAGAUGGGCAUCAAGACUUUCAGUAACAUAAACUUUGUGAAACGAACAUUCCUGGCUAUGUUUUCCAGUCUGGGGAAAAAACUACGGAUGACCACCACCAACAAAGAAAUUGGUGAUUUCUAUAUGGACGUCGUUAAAAGAACAGUGAACUAUCGAGAACAACAUCCAGAGCUACAUAGAAACGAUUUUUUGAAUUUGCUGCUUAAGCUGAAGGGUCCGGACGCAUUAACAUUUAAUCAAUUAGCUGCACAAUCAGUUGUAUUCUUUAAUGCUGGAUUCGAAACAAGUUCCACCACUUUAACCUUUUGCAUGUACGAGCUUUCAAUAAACGAAGAUAUUCAAAGGAGAGCCCGUGAAUCAGUGAUCAAAGUGUUGGAGAAGCACGGUAAUGAAUAUACUUACGAGGCCGUAAAUGACAUGGCCUAUGUGGAACAGUGUAUUAACGAAACACUGAGACUACAUUCACCAGCUUUGGGUACUGCCAGAAUUGCCAAACGAGACUAUCCAAUUCCAAACACAAAUAUUGUAAUUGAGAAAGGAACGACUGUUACAAUACCAUUUUCAGGGAUCCAUUUGGACCCAGACAUUUAUCCGAAUCCACGAAAAUUCGAUCCAGAUCGCUUUUCUCCGGAAGAAGUAGAAAAACGCCACCCGUUUGCAUUUUUACCGUUUGGGGAAGGCCCGCGCAUAUGUAUUGGAAUGAGAUUUGCUGUACUCGAGAUGAAGAUUGCUCUUGCAAAAAUUCUAACCAACUUUGAGUUUGCCCUCGAUCGAACCAAGACUACAGUUCCAAUCAUUUACGCUACCGAUCGAAUACUUUUGGCACCGAAAGAAGAUGUUAUAAUUAAAUUUAAAUCAAUCUAACAAUAUUUGCAUUUAAUCUUGUGGAACAAAGUGGACAGUCGUCAUUGUGUUAUCGACAAAGACGACA